UUAUUUGUACAUAUGAGUUGGGAGAAUAAGUCUUACAAGUUGUAAAUGAGAGAAAGACAGGUGCAGGUGCAUGGUCCAUGUGACAUAUGCCGCCGCUUCAUUAAUCCAGAGACGGGGAACACACACAAACCUCCCCAUCUUCUGCCUCACCCUAAGUCGGGUUUAUAAAUUAAUCAAAUUACUUGCAUAAUUUUUUUAAAGAACAUCAUGUAGUUAAUCGUGUCUGCUUGAUGCGAUCUCUCCUGAUAUGGGUCUAUUAUAAUUACACAAAGUGUUAGGAGGGGUUAUAUUCCAAUGAAAUUUUAACAAAAAAAAUAUAAUAUUUUAGGCCCUAAGGAAAAAGAAAAGAAGAAAAUUCCAGUCUAUCCAAUAGAGAAAAUGCUGUUUUCUCUGUGCUACAAGGUUGAGGCGGGUGAAAAGAUCACAACGAAAAUUCUGAUAAUAGUUGGUGGUUGGGAGUUUUAAGAAAGAAAACCUGCAUCUGAUGGAAAGGCUUGGUGAUGAUUUACUUUCCUUGAUUUUCAAUGAAAUUGACGACCUCAAUGAUAGGAAAUCACUCUCUCAAGUUUGCAAACAAUGGUUGCGAGUUGAGGGCCUUCAAAGAUCAUCUCUACAAGCGUUUGAGCCUGAUCUUCUCCCCAAUUUCCUGCCAAGAUUCCCGAAUUUGAUCAAAUUUCAAGCACCGGCAGAAAUUUCUAAUUCCCUUAUCCAGUUUGUAGCCAAUACCUGCCCUAGAAUUCAAGUGCUUAACCUUAAUUACAGGGAAAAAGGGGAUCUCUACUGCGAAAAUGUGGAAAAGGAUGAUUUUGAUGAUGAGGGUCUUGGUGAUAUUGCCAAGGGGUGUUGUGAUUUGGAAGCAAUUGUAUUGAGGAGGAGAAGUGGAAUUGGGAAUCCUGGGGUGGCUUCAUUGGGAGGGUUUUCAAGAAAUUUGAGGAAUCUUGAUUUGGGGUGGUGUAGGAAGGUUUCUGAUGAGGCUCUUGACUCAAUUGGGUGUUUGAAUCAUUUGGAACGGCUGGAUUUGCAGGGGUGUUGGCUGAUAACAGAUGUGGGUUUGGCUUUCUUGGCAAAAGGGUCUGUGUGUAAUUCACUGAAAAGAUUGAAUCUUGCUGAAUGUGAUCAAAUCACGGACUCCGGCUUGAUUUAUUUGAAGGAAAUGGGCUGUUUGGAGGAACUGAAUUUGGCGGAGUGUGGACCCAGGGUGACCGACAUUGGUGGUGAGAUGGCUGUGGCUGCAAUAUGGACUUUGAAGAGACUGAAUCUGUCAUGGUUGGUUAAUGUUUCUGAUGUGACUCUGGUUGCUCUAGCUCAAAACUGCAAGCAUCUGGAGGAUCUUGACUUAACAGGCUGUGAAUUGGCAUCGGGAGCUGGCAUCCGUGCCUUUUCCAGGCAUGAUUCUUUGAAGGAGCUCAUUUUGAUUCAUUGUGGUUAUGGUUUCAGUGGUCAUGAUCUUGAAGAGUUGGUUUUAGGAUGCACCAGUUUAGAAUGCAUCAUUCUUGACCAAAGAUUGAGGAUAUGGAUUCCUAAGUCAGUGCAAGAAAACUUAUCGGCCCACAAUUGUGUGUUAGAUUGGAUGUGACAGACGAGAGGAAUUGCUGUCACAAGUUGAUUUUGCAACCUACAUUUUAGUUUCAGUUCUGAAUUAUGGAUGUCUAGUUAUACUGCAGCUACUCUGCAACAUAGAAAAGUUUGGAUUUGAUGCACAUUUUGUGAUGGGAAUGAUUUGGAAGGGAAGACAGACGAGAAUACUUGAGGAGCAUGGAAGAAAGCUCAAGAUUUGAAGAUCAAGAACACUGUGAAAUUUCUUGGAUGGAAUUGUUUUGAGGCAGCUGAUGAUUUGUUUUUCCACUGUGCUGUACUACUUACAAAUACGACUCAACUGAAUUUGAAUUUGAAUUCGCAUUUGAUUUCUA